AUGGCCGAAACGGAAAACAGGACGUUCGGAGUUGUGAGUACCGGAAAUUGGAAAGAUUCAUUUUAUGAAUCAUUUGAAGAAACACCAUUAUUAACAGCUAUAUUGACUGUCAUGUGUUAUGGUAUAUUAGUUUUAGUGGGCCAUAUCAGAGAAUAUUUUAGAUUUUUAGAGAAAAAUAGAGGUCACACCGAACCUAAGAUUAAGGGGUUUGUACCAUUGUUACAAAGUUGGGAGAGUUUUUAUACUAGAAAUGUUUAUAGAAGAAUAAGAGAUUGUUGGAAUAGACCAGUUGGUAGUUCAGCUGGAGCUUACAUUGAUGUUAUAGAAUGUCAUUCAGAUGAUUACAAUUGGAGUUUAGAACUGACUAGUAAACAGUACCAUGUAAUGAAUUUUGGCUCCUAUAAUUAUCUUGGUUUCUCAGAGAGAGAUGGACCCUGUGCAAAAGCAGCCAUUCAAAGUUUGAGUGAUAAUUCCAUUGCAGUUAGUAACAGUCGUCAAGAGUUAGGAUAUACACAUAUCCACAGGGAACUAGAAACUAAAAUAGCAGAUUUUCUGGGUGUAGAGGAUGCUGUGACGUUCCCAAUGGGUUUUGCUACAAAUUCAAUGAAUAUGCCUUGUUUAGUUGGGAAGGGUUGUUUAUUAUUGAGUGAUGAAUUAAAUCAUGCAUCUUUAGUGCUAGGAUCAAGAUUAACUGGUGCCACAAUCAGAGUAUUUAAACAUAACAAUAUGACUGAUUUAGAAAAGAAGUUAAAAUCUGCCAUUACUGAAGGACAGCCACGAACGCAUAGACCAUGGAAGAAAAUACUGAUAGUUGUUGAAGGGGUUUAUAGUAUGGAAGGAUCUGUUGUACGUCUGCCUGAAAUUCUAGAAUUGAAAAAGAAAUAUAAGGCCUAUGUCUAUUUAGAUGAAGCUCACAGUAUUGGAGCUUUAGGUCCUCAUGGUCGAGGUGUAACAGAUUAUUUUGGUAUCAAUCCUAAAGAAAUUGAUAUCAUGAUGGGAACCUUUACUAAAAGUUUUGGUGCAGCUGGAGGGUAUUUAGGUGGAAGUAAGGAAUUAAUUCGUCAUUUCCGAGUAAAUUCACACAGUUCAAUUUAUGCUGCUACUGUUCCGCCUCCGGUAGCUCGUCAGAUUAUAUCAGUUAUUGAUAUUAUAAUGGGUAAAGAUGGUACUGAAGAAGGAAUGAAACGUAUCCAUCAACUAGCAUGGAAUACCCAGUAUAUGAGAAGAAAGUUACAAGAAAUGGGUUUUAUUGUUUAUGGUAAUAAAGAUUCACCGGUUGUGCCUUUUAUUGUAUUCUAUCCAACAAAACUUGCGGCAAUAUCAAGAAAGGCAUUAGAAAUGGGACUAGGUGUGGUAGUGGUUGGUUUCCCUGCUACACCGGUUAUUGAAGGUCGUGUAAGAUUAUGUAUGUCAGCUUCACAUACAAGAGAAAUGUUAGAUAGAACACUAGGCAUUUUAAAUCAACUUGGUGAUGAGUUAAAUUUGAAAUAUUCUAGAAAAUCUUUACCUGUCUUUAAAGAAGACAAUUCAUUAUUAAAUUUAAAGAUGACUUCAGGUCAACCCUGA